AUGGCGACUCCAUCCACUAUCACUCCUAGCAGCCAUGUCGGUUUCGACAGCAUCACGUCGCAGAUUGAGCGCAAGCUGUUGAAGCGUGGAUUCCAGUUCAACGUUAUUUGCGUUGGCCAGACUGGCUUGGGCAAGUCGACGCUCAUUAACACCAUCUUCGCCUCGCACCUCAUCGACUCCAAGGGUCGUCUGCAGCCUGACGAGCCCAUUCGCCAAACCACCGAGAUCCAGGGCGUCUCUCACCUCAUUGAGGAGAAUGGUGUCCGUCUGAGACUCAACAUCGUCGACACCCCCGGCUACGGCGACCUUGUCAACAACGACCGCUGUUGGGACCCUAUCGUCAAGUACAUCAAGGACCAGCACUCCGCGUACCUGCGAAAGGAGCUUACCGCCCAGCGAGAGCGUUACAUCCCCGACACCCGCAUCCACGCCUGUCUGUUCUUCAUUCAGCCUUCCGGCCACUCUCUCAAGCCCAUUGAUAUUGUCGUCUUGAAGAAGCUGUCCGAUGUUGUCAACGUUGUGCCUGUCAUUGCCAAGGCUGACACCUUGACUGUUGAGGAGCGAUUGGAAUUCAAGGAGCGUAUCAAGGCCGAGUUUGCUUUCCACAACCUCAAGAUGUUCCCGUACGAUAACGAGGAGUUUGACGACGAGGAGCGAGCUUUGAACCAGCAGAUCAAGAGCUUGGUUCCUUUUGCGGUUGUUGGCUCUGAGAAGAACAUCAUCGUCAAUGGCAAGCAAGUCCGUGGGCGCCAGAACCGCUGGGGUGUCAUCAACGUUGAGGACGAGAACCACUGCGAAUUCGUCUACCUGCGAAACUUUUUGCUCCGAACCCACCUCCAGGACCUCAUCGAGACCACUUCCCAGAUCCACUACGAGACUUUCCGUGCCAAGCAGCUGCUUGCACUGAAGGAGAGCAGCGCACACGGUGGUGGUGCCGCCAGCAGACCGAUCAGCCCUGCUGCCGAUCGCGAGAUGAGCCGAGGCUCCCAGCGAAUGGGCAUCAACGGAUACUAA